AUGGGCCUGGGGGAUCAUGGCUGCAAGCACUACCGGCGGCGCUGCCAAAUGGUCGCCCCCUGCUGCGGCGAGGUCUUCUGGUGCCGCCACUGCCACAACGAGGCUAAAACCACCAACGAGUGGGAUCCAAGCAAGCGCCACGAGCUGGACAGGACGACGGUGCGCAGCCUGGUGUGCGCGCUGUGCGACCUGCGGCAGCCAGUGGCGUCACUGUGCGCCGGGUGCGGCUGCGAGUUCGGCGCCUACUCCUGCCUCAAGUGCUGCUUCUUUGAUGACGACCUGCACAAGCAGCAGUUCCACUGCGAGGCCUGCGGCAUCUGCCGUGUUGGCGGCGCCUCCAACUUCUUCCACUGCAACACCUGCGGCUGCUGCUACGCCAACUCCCUGCAGGGGAACCACGUGUGUGUGGAGAACAGCAUGCGGCAGAACUGCCCGGUGUGCUUCGAGUACCUGUUUGACAGCGUGCGGCCGACGGCGGUGCUGCCGUGCGGGCACACCAUCCAUUCCGAGUGCCUCAAGGACAUGGAGAAGAACCGGCAGCUGCUGUGCCCCAUCUGCAUGAAGACCUACGCUGACCUGGCGCCCAUCUGGCGCCGCAUUGACCAGGAAGUUGCCGACACCCCCAUGCCCACCGACUACGCCAACUGGGUUGCCCACAUCCUCUGCAACGACUGCAACCAGGCCGGUCACGUGCCAUUCCACAUCCUGGGGCUGAAGUGCCCGCACUGCUCCUCCUACAACACUCGCCGCCUGGCCAUCGACCGUAACGGGCCCUCCCCAGCAGCCAACUCCCCGGGGCCCGUUUGA